AUGUUAAAGCAUGGAUAUCCUGCUUACACAACAUCCUGUGCCGGGCUGUGCUACUCAGACCAACUGUUAAAACAAGUGUAAUUUUACUUGUGGUCAUGCACAGAGGCUUUGAAAGAGGGCUGGACAAGGUUCAAAGUAAAGGUGGGUGCAGAUCUGCAGGAUGAUAUUCAUAGAUGCAGAUUUAUACAAAAAAUGAUUGGCCCUGACAAACCCCAGAUGCUGGAUGCAAACCAGCAAGGGGAAAUAAAGAAAGCAGUAGAGUUGGUCACUGAACUACCUCAAUUUAAACCCUUAUGGAUUGAGGAGCCAACUUCUCCAGAUGAUAUUUUGGGACAUGCAAUCAUUGCAAAGGCCUUAGCACUGCUAGGAAUUAGUGUGGCAACAGCAGAACAUUGCCAAAACAGAGUGAUAUUUAAACAGCUCCUACAAGCUAAGUCCCUGACUUAUCUCCAAAUUGACAGCUGCAGACCAGCAAGCGUGAAUGAAAACUUGUGCAUUGCUCUGUUUUCAAUUCCUGUUUGCCCUCAUGCUGGGGGAAUUGCUUGUGAAUUAGUCCACCACUUGAAAAUAUUUGAUUAUAUCUCAGUAUCUGGCAGUCGUGAAAGCAGGAUGUGUGAAUUUGUAGAUCACCUUCAUAAACACUUCAAAUAUCCUACCGUAAUCAAGAAUGCUUCCUACAUGCCGCCUCAGGGUACUGGCUAUUCCACUGAAAUGAAAAAACAUUCUGCAAGAAACUAUCAGUUUCCAGAGGGAGAAGUCUGGCAGAAGCACCUUUCAAUCCAAAAGGCACAGCAGCAUUGA